UUAUGAACUUCAUUUAAGCAAAAAUGGGAAAUGUGCAGAGUUACGGCGUUGCCUCGCUCGCUGUAUGUUCAGUGUAUUUAGUUGUUGACAUUUACUGUUCUCACAAGUUGCUGAAAACAAAUGUUCUCACCAGCGACAAACUUCCAAGUUUCUCGUACCUCUACAUCAAAUAUUUGUUCAGAGCUCUGACUCGGAGAACAGGACACCUUCACACAACGAAAUCAAAGAGGAAUGAAGCUGUUUAUACGAUCCUCAAGUGCAGGCUGGAGACUCUAGUGUUGAGGAGGUUCUGCAGCGCAGGAGGUUAUGGUUGGGAUUAUCCAGACACUGAACACAGUGACAUCCCACUGUGCUUCCCUGAGUUUCUGUGUGGCAGACUGAUGCUGAUGCUGCUCACUGAUGAAAACUUCAGGCUCAGCCCUGCAGGUCUGGUUCGUGUGUGCCAGAGUUUGAAAACACUUCAGCCAAUUGAUGAGCUGAAGAAGGGUCCGUUCACACUGCAGGUCAGAGUCCUGGUGUACCGGCAAGUUGAUGCAGGAGUGGAGGUGGACAUCUGUCUGUCUGCCACUUCUCGUUCCGGAUGCCCAGUGUGGGAGAGCGUCCUGACACUGCUGUCCAAAAACAAGCUCCACAGAGCCAGCAGAGGCUUAACAAAGACUCACAGUGAGAGCCAAUGUGAUGAGCCUGUGCCAGAAAACAUGAAGCAGGGAGAGCUCAGAGUCCCCUGGAGUCCCCGGCUGCAGUGUGUAUGGUCCCUCUCUGACUGCUCCCUCUACCGGCUCCUCUCUCUACCGGCCAGGCUCUUUGGCCGCAGGUCGCACACUGCACCAGGUCUCUGGAUGCUGUCGGUCUGCUUGGCUGAAAUAGAGAAACACAAAGGGGUCGAGGUCAUCACAGCUCCAGUAAACGUCACCGCCCGGUUUGAGGAGCCUCUGUUGGUACCAGGUAAAGUGGUGAUCAGGUUUUGGGAGAAGACUGAAAACGGGGGUCAGUCUUCCGCCCAAGGCCUCAGCUUCCACAUGCAGCAACAUGAAACAAACAGAUCUCACCUGGUGGGGCUGAUUUCUAGAUUAACAUGAUCAUUAAACAUCAUCAAGUGUUGAUAUUUUGUAGUGUUGUCAACACAAUAAAAUGUAAAUAUUUUACUGUUUCCAUUUACCUCUGUUUCAAUGUGGAAGUCACAGCAUUUCAGUAAGUGCAACGAGGCUGAUCUGGAGAAUCCGCUUAUCACUGUUCACCAUCAAGCAUUUUUUCAUAUGAAAAUAAAACAUUGUAGGGUUAAUUUCCUUUUUUCAAAAGUUGAAUGACACAUUUUUUCAUAACAGCGUGUAUUAAUAGAUGUAUCUGCCUCUGAGCCUCUUUUAUUGUUAAAGGUGUUUUCAGCUUCAUUGAAUGCGCCACUGUAAUACCUCUGAUAAUGUUAGAGUAUUAUUCACAGACACGGCUGAUUUCAUUUAAAUAUAAUCAGUACAUUUGACAGUUUUA